AUGCUUAGCGACGGAGUUGACAUCCGUUACGAAUCCUGGAUGACGGGCAUCAAGAGGAAGCUCACAGGGAAUGCAGACCAUUUCCCCGACGCGAACGCCCGUAUCCAGUACGUGCAGAGCCGUGCCGAGGGACAAGCGUUUCGUCACAUGGCUCCCCGUCUGAACGAGGAAUCGCCCGACCCGUAUAAAGACUACGGAGAUAUCCUCGCGCAUAUGAAGACCGUGUUUUCAAACCCAAACCAUGCGGCAGAAGCACGUGCCAAGUAUCAGCGGCUCACAAUGAAGCCUCGUGACCAGUUUACUGGCUUCCUUGCGGAUUUUAUGGAGCUAGCAAACGAGGCAAAUAUCCAUGUCGAUAACCGCAAGGUUGACCUGUACGAAAAGCUACCUCCGUUGUUGCAAAGCCAGAUGCUGGGGGACUCCUGCGAGGAUGGAGUCAGUUUCGAGACGUUCAAAGAUAGGUGUAUCCGACGCUCUCAUGCGAUCGCCCUCGUCCAACAGAGCAAGAUCACCACCGCGACUGGCCGAGGACGAUCGAAUCCAGUCUCCUCUUCAACUGGGGUGGGAUCAUCGUCAUCGAACACGAAGGUUAAGACAGAAAACCCCACAUCGUCGACCUAUGUCCCCAUGUCUGCCACGGAACGUGCGACCCUCAUGAAAGAAGGGAGAUGCUUUGGCUGCAAAGAGCAUGGUCAUAUGACGCGCGACUGUCCCAAAAACACGUCGAAGCCCACUGCCGCUCCUACUGUCGCUACAACCCAGCCCGUCGUCAAUUUGACAGCUCUCGAGGAUCCCGCGGUUGACAACUCGGGAAAAGCUCGUGCCUAG